GCAAACUAAAGCCAAUUGGGGUCAGAAUCCAAGUUAUCGAGGAGUUUUUGACUUGAGAAGCUUUGCUGAAGAAGAUAUAAACUACUUAGAGAUCGAGAGCAAUGGUUGUUACAAGCAGUCGCAGUCGUUCGUCUUUGACCCUGAAUCAAUUGCAACUGUUGCAAAAUCCACAGAGCAUUGAUACCUCUUUGUUCUACGUUGGUGUUGACGUGGGGACAGGCUCUGCCAGAGCAGCCGUUGUGGAUAACACCGGGUCGAUUUUAGCACUGGCUGAGCGUCCAAUUGCUCGUCAGGAGCUGAAGCCUAACUACAUCACCCAGUCCACUACUGAGAUUUGGAAUGCCAUCUGCUACUGUGUCAAGUCCACAAUCAGGGAUGCUGGGAUCGAGCCGAACCAGGUUAUGGGUAUUGGCUUCGAUGCCACCUGUUCUCUUGCGGUGCUGUAUGAGAAGGAUGACCAACCAAUGGGAGUAGGCCCAAACUUCUCCAACAACGACCAGAACAUCAUUCUAUGGAUGGACCAUCGUGCUGUUGAGGAGACCAAUGAGAUCAAUGCAACAGGUGACAAGUGCCUGAAGUAUGUUGGUGGUACCAUGUCCAUCGAGAUGGAGCUGCCAAAGAUGAAAUGGCUGAAGAAUAACUUACCAGAGGGCCAGUUCAAGGAGGCCAAGUUUUACGACCUGGCUGACUUCCUCACUCACAAGGCCACUGGAAGCGAGGCAAGAUCGUACUGCUCUACAGUGUGUAAGAUGGGCUUUGUCCCACCAGGCGUUGAAGGCUCCACGGACGGUUGGUCGAAGGAGUUUCUGGAGCAGUUGGACUUGCCAGAGCUUGUUGAGGAUAACUACAGACGUCUUGGUGGUUCUCCUUCUUUGGGUGGUACGUGGCUCUCAGCUGGUGAUGUUGUUGGUCCAUUGUCGAAGAAGGCUGCAGAGGAACUGGGACUGAGUACCUCUUGUCUUGUUGGUUCAGGUGUCAUCGACGCCUAUGCUGGCUGGAUUGGAACAGUUGCUGCGCACACCGACAUUGAGAUCCCAGCACUCGUUCAUCAGGAUAAGAACUCCAUUGGAAUGGCUAAAACUGCUGGUAGAUUGGCUGCCGUUGCUGGAACUUCAACUUGUCACAUUGCUCUGAGUGAGAAGCCAAUCUUCGUGGAGGGUGUUUGGGGGCCUUACAGAGAUGUCAUGGAACCAGGCUUAUGGCUUGCAGAAGGUGGUCAAUCAUGUACUGGUGCACUGUUAGCACACGUCUUAAACACGCAUCCAGCGUAUUCUGAACUGGCUCGUCUAGCAGAUGCUUCCAAUGUUUCGAAAUUCGACUACCUCAAUGCCCGUCUCGAGAGUUUGAAAGCUGAAAGAUCUGCUCGUUCUGUUGUGUCGCUUGCAAAGCACCUCUUCUUUUAUGGUGAUUUCCACGGCAAUCGUUCUCCAAUUGCUGAUCCUCGUAUGAAGGCUGCUAUCGUUGGUCAAUCCAUGGAUACUUCGAUCGAUGAUUUGGCAAUCACCUAUCUGGCUGCAUGCGAAUUCAUUGCUCAACAAACCAGACAAAUCGUUGAGAAGAUGUGUGCAUCAGGCCAUGACAUCCCUGCUAUCUUCAUGUCUGGUGGCCAAUGCCGUAACGGUUUGUUGAUGCGUUUGCUGGCUGAUUGCACUGGGCUGCCAAUCAUCAUUCCUCGUUAUAUCGAUGCUGCUGUGGUGUUUGGUGCUGCUUUGCUCGGUGCUGUUGCUGCUCAAAGUGCAACAAAGGUCAAGCGUAAACCUUCCUUCAAGCUGCCACUAGGUUUGAAACCGUUGAAUGAGGUGAAGAGGGACAUGGCAUCUCCUUAUACAGCACCUUCUGCGACAGCCUCCAACAUCAAUAUGGCUGCUAUUGCAAGUGCCACCGGUGGAUUCCCAUUCCCAAUCACACCAGCUAUCGACGAGGUCAAGUCGACAGAUGAGGACGACUCUGGUGACGAAGAAGCUACCCUCUCUUUCGGUGCAAAGACCAAGGCUCAUGAAGAGGUUGAUCAAAAGAUCAAGAACACUAGACUGGAGCAGUCAAAGAAACAUGGUGAGCAAUUAUGGGAAGUUAUGGUCAAGCUCACCGGUGGUGGUAAGGUUGUUGAGCCUCACGAUAAGAACUACCCUGAUAGAAAGUUGCUGGACGCUAAGUAUACCAUCUUCCUGGAGCAAGCUGAGACUCAGAGAAAAUACCGUCAAUUGGUUGACGACGUUGAAGACGAAAUUCUUCAGGAGCAAUCAGCUCAGCUUAGAGAAGAAUAAUGCCAUUCAUACGAGGCAGCUCCUAUCUUUUAUAUCUAUAUAUUGUAUACAACACAUGUCAUCACUUACUUCAUUAAAAUGUUAUAUUGAGCACUUUGAAAACAGCGUAUCUGU